UAUGCCAUCAAGAAGCAACACGUUGCCUUGAAGAUGAUCGAGAAGGAAGAGGAGAUGAGCCACAAAGACAUCAGGAAGGAGGCUGCGAUACUGCGGUUAGGAAGGAUAUGUCCGUUUCUUAUACGGGCAUAUGCAACCUUCCAAACUGAGUCACUCGUAUUAUAUGUCAUGGAGUAUGCCAGAGGCGGAACGCUGCAACAGCUUAUCGAGCGUCAGGAAUAUUUCACCAGCCAUGAAGUGCGGUUUUAUUCAGCAGAAAUAUUCCUGGGAUUACAGUAUCUGCAAAAGUAUGGGGUUGUUCAUCGAGACCUUGAUACAGAAAACAUCUUGCUGAAUGAAGAGGGCCACGUGAAGAUCGCCGAUUUUGGCCUAGCAUGUAUUAACCAGUUAGGCUCAAAGGCCUAUCAUGGUAUAGCUGGAGCAUCAGGAUAUAUGGCCCCUGAGGUAUGACACUUCAUUUACAGGGAUACUGGCAUGUCUUGGCACUGUGCUUUAU